GCUGGUUUUUCCACGUACCCUUCACCCCCUUCAAGACCCCCCAAAUCCUUGUCAUUUUCUUUCUAGCCUGUCUUGGUGUAGAAGAGUGAUGAGUACAAAUCGCGUGUGAAAGCGCCACACCAUCGGGAUUUUGAGGAAUUUGCCUAUGGUGUUAAAGGGAAGGAGCAACUUACAGACAAACUGAGAAAGAGCUCUACCUACCGACAGAUACAAGAGAAGUCAAGAGCAUUAAGAGGCAUAAAGCAGCCGUAUACACACUCAGGCACUAUGAAACGUCUUUGAGAGCUCAUUAAAAAAAAAAAGCCACUAAACUCAGGACUUUAUACAGUCCAGGGAGAGCCUAGCACUAAUCUCUUAGAAUUAAAGACUUUUUUUUUUCAUGCGAAAGUCAUGAGUUCCUACUUUGUAAAUCCUCUUUUUUCCAAGUACAAAGGCGGUGAAUCGCUGGAACCAACUUACUACGACUGCAGAUUUCCACAAAGUGUAAGCAGGAGCCAUGCUCUGGUUUAUGGUCCGGGCGCUACCGCUCCCAGCUUCCAACACCCUUCACACCAUGUCCAAGAGUUUUUCCACCAUGGAACCUCCAGCAUCUCUAACUCUGGAUACCAGCAAAACCCAUGCGCCUUGGCGUGUCACGGAGACGCGUCUAAAUUCUAUGGAUAUGAAGCUCUACCAAGGCAGUCGCUCUAUGGUGCCCAGCAAGAGGCGACCGUUGUACAAUAUCCUGACUGUAAAUCGUCUUCCAACAGUAACUCUAGCGAGGGACAAGGCCAUUUAAAUCAAAAUUCGUCUCCCAGUCUCAUGUUCCCAUGGAUGAGACCACACGCUCCCGGAAGGCGCAGUGGCAGGCAGACUUACAGCCGGUAUCAGACCCUGGAGCUAGAAAAAGAGUUCCUCUUCAACCCUUAUUUGACACGGAAGCGGCGGAUUGAGGUCUCUCACGCCCUGGGACUGACGGAGAGGCAAGUGAAGAUAUGGUUCCAGAACAGGAGAAUGAAAUGGAAAAAAGAAAACAACAAAGACAAGCUCCCGGGGGCCAGGGACGAAGAGAAAACCGAGGAAGAAGGGAAUGAAGAAGAGGAAAAAGAAGAGGAGGAAAAAGAAGAAAGCAAGGACUGAUCUCUCAGCUCCUUGAAGUCUCGUUUUAUGGCAGAUGAUAAAUCGAGAUGUUUACGACGGUCAUUUGCUUUUAUAGAGUAUAGAAUGGAGAGCCUCACACAGCAGUAACUACCUGUCAAACAGUUGUAGCCUUUUUUAUUGUCAUAGAACAACUUCCCCUACUUUUUUUCUAUAUAUAUAUAUAUAUCUAUAUCUAUAGCUGCAUUUUUUGGUUUCAUAAAUAGAUAGUUGGCUUUACGACAACAGCAGGAGGGGGGGAAAAACCAACACAAACCAAUCAUUGAAGCAAAUGCCACAUCUCCAAACAGUAGAUUUCCCCACUACUCCCACUCCUAUCUAUCUAGAUAGAGAUAUAUAGAUAGAUAUAUAAAUGUAUGCAUCUUAUGUAUUUGUUUUAAUAGGUUUGAAUAGUAUUUCUUCUCCACCUUGGUUUUCCCCAUUCAUGAUCCAAGGGGGAGUAUGAUAUUGCUUUCUGCUAGUCUUAGCUUAUUUUUAAUAUCUAUAUAUCUAUAUAUCUUCAGUGCUAAUACCCAGUUAUCAUUUAACUUUUAGCUGCCUGUCUGAAUUGGAAGAUUGGUGGGUGACUAUAGGUGACACCACGCACAUAUUAGCUAUAUAUGAAUAUAUCUGUAUGUAGAUCAUACCUAUACGCCUAUGUCUCGGUAGGCCAGAACAUGAAGGCUAAGAGCCUAACAUUUCAUGAUUUAUAUAGGCACUGUUUACCAUUUCACUGUGUGUGAGCACUCGAAAUUCUUAAUAUACUACCUAAAGGGAAACCUGCAAUAAUAAUCAAAUCUAUUAUCAACAAGGGGCUUACAGAUCCUAAAUUUUACUUGGUCGGAAUUUAUUAAAGGAAAAGAGCGAGCGAGCUGCGUUUUGCCCUGAUGCAAGCUACUAAGUAGCAUAAAAUAAAAUGAUAAUAAAAAAACCUUGUUAUGUACUUUUCACUACCUAUAGAAGGAGUCAUGCUUUCAAAGUAUUUGUAAUGCGGUUUUGUUGUAUUUGUUGCUGCUUAUUUUCUUGGAAAAAAAAUUCCCAACAACUGAAACUGCCUAGUUGAGAACGCACAGUAUUGUAUUAUUUUAUUGUGCUUAUAAAGUAGCGUAGAACUAAAUUGCACUGAAUGUAUAGUUAUCUAUUUGUCUUGACUUAUCUGUUAAUGCAACAUGCUCGAAAAAAAAAGUCAUUUGUUUUAUGUAAAAGCAUAGUUCUGCGUGUUCAAACUCUGAAUGUAGCAAUUUCUGCCAGAAGCCAAUUUCUGGACACCGUGGAUUUGUAUUGUAUA